AUGAGCUCUGUGGAAGUUCUUUCUCAAGAAACUCAAUGGCGAAAAAUCGGUCAAAAAUGCUGUGAAAAGAACCCCGCUCAAAAACUCGAAGAAGGAGAUGAAGUCGAAGUCUUUUGGCGAAAUCAGCUUGAUUCAGAACAGAAUUGGUUUCCUGGAAAAAUUUCGAGCAUCAACUGGGAUGAAUUUUUCGUCGUCGAUUUCUGCGUCGCGGGAAAGAUCGAAACUGACGUUUUUGAGAAAAAUACAUUCGUCUCGUUUCCCGCGAGAAUUUUCGAGAAACGCUUCAUGUCCGGCCAGAGCUGUGGAAAGCCGUUCUUGGGCCGAAGAAUCUGA